AUGGCUUCUUCACUGGAAGAGGAACUGUGCUGUCCGGUUUGCACUGAUAUCUACACGGACCCAGUCCUACUGAGCUGCUCUCACACCUUCUGCAAGUCCUGUGUUCAGCGGUCCUGGGCCAGCCAAGGCUCCAGGGUGUGCCCCAUCUGCCGGAGGACGAAUCCUCAAGAGGAGCCUCCAGUCAACCUGGUGCUCAGGAACCUGUGUGAGCGCUUUGUGCAGGAGAGGAGCAAGAGAGGAGCUGUCUGCAGUUUCCACGGAGAUGCGCUCAGGCUGUUCUGUCAUGACGACAAGGCGCUUGUGUGUUUCACGUGUCGAGACUCAAGGCUGCACAAGGGCCACAACUUCAGUCCCGUGGACGAGGCGGCAGCGGAUCGCAAAGAGGAGUUGAAGGUGAAACUGAGCCCCCUGAAGAAAAAGCUGGAGGUUUUCAAGAAACAAAAACUUGCCUGUGAUGAAACAGCCAAACACAUCAAGACUCAAGUCCAGCACACAGAGAAGCAGAUCAAGAAGGAGUUUGAGGAACUUCACCAGUUCCUCCGAGAUGAAGAGGCAGCCAGGAUAGCUGCACUGAGGAAGGAAGAGGAGCAGAAGAGUAAGACGAUGAAGGAGAAGAUUGACAAGAUGAACAGAGAGAUCUUGUCUCUUUCAGACACAAUCAGAGUCAUGCAAAAGAAGAUGCAAGCAGAUGACAUCACAUUUCUGCAGAACUACAAGAGCAUGACGGAACAAACGUGGUUGCAGGGUUCGGAUACUCAAUUAAGAGCUCUGAUUGAUGUGGCAAAGCACUUGGGCAACCUGAAGUUCAGAGUCUGGGAGAGGAUGCGGAAGAUUGCACAAUACACUCCUGUCAUCCUGGAUCCAAACACGGCACAUCCAGACCUCAUCCUGUCUGAGGAUCUGACCAGUGUCAGACUUGGUGAUAUUGAGCUGCUGUUUGUUGAUAACCCAGAGAGAUUUAAUAUUUACCACAUUUUGCUGGGCUCCGAAGGCUAUAACUCCGGCACACACUACUGGGACGUGGAAGUUUCUUAUGGAGAGGGAAUAUGCUGGAAUGUAGGAGUGAUGCUUGAGUCCAUCCCAAGGAAAGCACAGAGUAACUCACUAGUCGGAGCUUGGUGUAUGAGUUACGCCAACGGGGAUCUUUGCCAAUGGGCCACUCCGCAACCCAAGCAUAUUCUCACCUUGACACAGAAACCAACGAGGAUAAGAGUGAAGUUGGACUGGAGCAGAGGAAUGUUGUCAUUCUUUGACUCUGAUAGUAACACACACCUGCACACCUUCAGACACUAUUUCACUGAGAGAGUGUUUCCAUACUUAUGUACAAACAAUAAGGUCUCUCCACUGAGGGUUCUACCAGUGAAGACCUCAGUAAGAGUAGAGCAGCACAGUUAGGGCUGAUACUGUGGUUACAUUCAAAUUGUCACGCCAAUCGCUAGGGAAGAAAUAUGGAUACACCUGGAUCAAUUAGUAAUGGAAUGAGAGGUGAGGGGAAAGCGUCAAGCUUCUUGAAUACCAUGGCCUGGCCAGAACUCAUGUUAACGCUUGAUUUGACGGUUAGUAUUGAUAAAUUCGA